AUUUCAAAACAUUGAUUGACGGUGAAUCUCUCUCUCUCUCUCUUUCUCUCUCUCUCUCUCAUCAACCUUGACGGACCAGGCAUUUGGAAGAGGAAGAAGUCUCUCUCUCUCUCUCUCUCUCUCUCUCAUCGGCCUUGACGGACCAGGCAUUUGGAAGAGGAAGGAGGAGCAGCAAAAGCAGCUGCACAUUUGGCCCAACAGAACAAUGCAAUCUCAUCACAUUACGCUUGAUUCUUCUUCUUCUGCUGCUGGUUCUGAUGGACUGGAAGUGAAAUGUAACGGGAUGAGGGCGAGGAACUCGACCUUACUUUGUGUUCCGAUAAUGGCUGAGACUGUCGAUCAGAUGGUGAUCGAUAUGGGCGAGGCAAAAGUCGUUGGUGCUGACCUUGUGGAGAUUCGAUUGGAUUGUUUGAAGGUUUUCGAUCACAAUCAAGAUCUCAAGCGUCUAGUGAAAGAGUGCCCUUUGCCGACACUUUUCAGUUAUAGGCCAAUAUGGGAAGGUGGCCAGUAUGAUGGUGAUGAAAAAACUCGACUGGAUGCACUUCGAUUAGCGAUAGAGCUCGGAGCUGAUUACAUUGAUGUCGAGCUUCAGGUUGCUCGUGAAUUCAUCGACUCUAUAAAUGGAAAGAAGCCAGAAACUUUAAAAGUCAUUGUUUCUUCUCACAACUUUCAAGAUACCCCAUCUGUGGAGGCUCUUGGCAAUCUUGUAGCAAGAAUACAAGCUAGUGGAGCUGACAUAGUGAAGAUUGCAACCGCUUCCCUGGAUAUAACAGAUGUAGCACGCACUUUUCAAAUAACCGUUCAUUCUCAAGCUCCGUUUAUAGGACUUGUACUGGGCGAGAGGGGUUUGAUUUCACGGAUACUUUCUGCAAAAUUUGGUGGUUAUCUUACUUAUGGUACGUUGGAGUCUCGAAUAGUUUCUGCUCCUACUCAACCUACAGUCAAGGAUCUAUUACAUUUAUACAAUUUCAGACAGAUAGGGCCCGACACAAAAGUGUUUGGCGUCAUCAGCAAGCCUGUCAGUCACAGCAAAUCACCAAAGUUGUACAAUGAAGUAUUCAACUCAGUCGGUUUCAACGGUGUUUAUGCACAUUUGUUGGUAGAUGAUAUUGCAAAAUUUUUCCAGACAUACUCAUGCAUGGAUUUUGCUGGAUUCAGCGUUGGUAUUCCUCACAAGGAAGCUGCAGUUAAGUGCUGUGAUGAGGUUGAUCCAGUUGCAAAGUCAAUCGGAGCUAUUAACUGCAUUAUAAGGAGACCAACUGACGGGAAGCUAUAUGGAUUCAAUACGGACUAUGUUGGUGCUAUUUCUGCUAUUGAGGAAGGACUGAAAGGUUCGCCUAAUGCUGGCAGUGUAACUGGUUCCCCUUUAGCCGGUAGGCUGUUUGUUGUCAUCGGUGCUGGUGGUGCAAGCAAGGCACUUGCUUAUGGUGCAAAGCAGAAGGGAGCAAGGAUUCUAAUUGCCAAUCGCACAUAUGAUCGAGCCAGAGAACUUGCAGACACCGUCGGUGGUGACGCGGUAUCUCUUGCUGAUCUAGGCAAUAUCCCUCCAGAGGAUGGCAUGAUUCUUGCAAACACAACAUCGAUUGGAAUGCAACCGAACGUUGGCGACACACCCCUUUCCAAGCAUGCUCUGAAAUAUUAUUCAUUGGUUUUCGAUGCCAUCUACACCCCAAAAAUGACGAGACUGUUGAGGGAAGCAGAAGAAUGUGGUGUCACAAUUGUGAGUGGGUUGGAGAUGUUCAUUGGACAGGCAUAUGAACAGUUUGAGAAGUUCACUGGAUUGCCAGCUCCAAAGAAACUAUUUAGAAAAGUCAUGGAAAAUCACUCGUGAG